AAAAUAACUACGAAGGGGCGGAAGGCAGACAGGCAGUUGGUCUUCUCCCGCAUCCUCCCACCGAGCCAGACCAAGCCUGCCUUCCUUCCUUCGGCUUCCUCGUUUCCUCCUCCGACGACCUCCGCUCCGGAUCCUGAAACCCUAGAGAGCCGCGAUGUUCGGGUACCGGAAGGCGCCGGACCUCGAGGCCGGCGGCUCGGAGGCGCUGUACCCGGGGAUGGUGGAGAGCCCCGACCUGCGGUGGGCGCUCAUCCGCAAGAUCUACGUCAUCCUCUCCGUGCAGCUCGCCAUGACCGCCGCCGUCGCCGCCUUCGUCGUCAAGGUCCCCGCCGUCUCCGAGUUCUUCGUCUCCUCCAACUCCGGCAUCGCCCUCUACAUCUUCCUCCUCAUCCUGCCCCUCAUCGUGCUGUGCCCACUCCGUUACUACCACCAGAAGCACCCCGUCAACCUGCUGCUGCUCGGCCUCUUCACCGUCUCCAUCAGCUUCGCGGUCGGCAUGACAUGCGCCUUCACCAGCGGAAAAGUCAUUUUGGAAGCUGCAAUUCUUACAGCAGUAGUUGUGAUCAGCUUGACUGCUUAUACUUUCUGGGCUGCAAAGAGAGGCCAUGACUUCAACUUCCUUGGCCCGUUCCUGUUUGGAUCUCUUAUGGUGCUUAUUGUGUUUUCCUUCAUCCAGAUCUUUUUCCCACUGGGCAAGCUCUCGGUCAUGAUAUACGGAGGCGUGGCAUCCCUUAUCUUCUGUGGCUACAUCAUCUACGACACGGACAAUAUCAUCAAGCGCUACUCGUACGAUGAGUACAUCUGGGCCGCUGUGUCGCUCUACCUUGACGUCAUCAACCUUUUCCUGUCUCUUCUGCAACUGCUGCGGGCAGCCGACAGCUGAGCGCAUCCAAUCCACACCUUUGCUCGACGUAGUAAUAGCUUGUGCAUAUAUCACAGUUCCAUGAAUGCCAACAUAUUCAUGUACAUCCAUUAUCAGCAUAUUCUGUCAAUACUGCCGUAGACGCCAUGUCCUGUUUACCCAACCUUUUAGCAUAUGGCAUUGUAUCCUUAUUUUCUUUGCACGUUCAAAUGAUGAAUUCUACGGGGUUAAUUGCAGCUUGUAACGACACUUGAAUUUUAACAGUCUCGAAUUUUAAUCCCUUGCAGUGAA